AUGCAAGUCAGCAGUCUCAGCAAGUUAUACACAGUUAUAGCACAGCUGUGUGAUGAGAGUAUUGUGAUUACUUGUCUUCUUGGAGUUUUCCUGGCUGCAGCACUUGCUAACAGGAAUCAGAACGGCCAGAAAAACUUCAAGAAGCACCAUGGUGAAAACUCACACCACUCUUUCAUCGACAUUGGGGUCAAAACCGACUUGCAAGAGGGCUCUGAGACCUGGAAAUCUGUCUGGGACGUCAAGACUGGCUACAUUGCAACCAAACUAAUUUCAAGACACAGCUGCAUCAUUGCUAAAAUGGAUGAGAGGCUUUUGCUUGGUAAACAGUUUCCUGCACCACCUCAAGGAGUCAAGGGACCUGGUCCUGACCAGCUUCCACCCAUAGAGAAUCACUUCAGGGUCUCCAAAAACAGACUCCAAAGCCUGCACCCAUAUGGAAAACGCAUUCAAGUCCUGUGCAGAGGAAUACCCUCUUAUCUUGCUUACCCAGCUGCUGGUGAGUAUACUAGCAACAGUGGUUUGCAUACCAAAAUAAAGAUGAACAAGGUUACAAAUAACAACAGAAAAGAUUCAAGUGAAGAUAAGCAAAUUGUGACCACCGUCCUUCUCGGACUCUUGCUGACUCCAACCCUUGCUCAAGAGUUUCAGAAUAAGGGUAGAAACCAGCAAGUCAUAACCAAGGAAAUCCACGUUGCUGGAGGCUACGAAAUCCUGACCAUCAAUACGCAAUGGCGCGUGGCAAUUAUCGAGGGCAGAAGCAGCCAAGGGUUAUGGAAAACCAUUCUGAACUAUGACAGAGGCUUUAUUGCAACCAAAGUGGAGGCAAAGAACGCUUGCCUCAUUUCCGUCAUGAACAGACAGGAGAUGCCCGAGUUCGAUGCCCUUCCCAGACUGGCUGAAGAGGCUGCGAACCUGGAAAGUCAAGGACAACCUACAAAGGAGAUAGUAUUCGAAGUCAUCAGGAGACCUGUCGGUGACCUCCAGUCUUACGGACAAGACACCUUCACUAUGUGCCAAGGACUCACAACCUACAUGGCUAGUGAAGUUGAAGGAUCCACCAAGAGUGUCAAAGCCUGA